AGCGUCUUUGCCCGCCCCUUUCUGAUUACCUUCCCGGCGGUGCUCUGUCUCCCUUUCGUUGCCGGAGCUGUGACUGUGUUUAGAGGUGACCUCGAGGAGCAGCAGUCGUCUUUUCUCCUGUUAGCACCAUGUCUGAACCAAUUAGAGUCCUGGUGACUGGAGCGGCCGGGCAGAUUGCGUACUCUCUGCUCUACAGCAUUGCUAAGGGUGAUGUUUUCGGCAAAGAUCAGCCUCUUGUUCUUGUACUGUUGGAUAUCACUCCUAUGAUGACUGUGUUGGAUGGUGUACUUAUGGAGCUGCAAGACUGUGCUCUUCCACUAUUAAGAGAGGUCAUUGUAACAGACAAAGAAGAUGUUGCAUUUAAAAACCUUGAUGUGGCCAUUCUGGUUGGCUCCAUGCCAAGGAAAGAGGGCAUGGAACGGAAAGAUUUACUCAAGGCCAACGUGAAGAUCUUUAAGUCCCAAGGUGCGGCUUUGGACAAGUAUGCUAAAAAAACUGUUAAGGUUAUUGUGGUAGGCAAUCCAGCAAAUACCAACUGCUUGACGGCAUCAAAGUCUGCUCCAUCCAUACCAAAAGAGAAUUUCAGUUGUUUAACUCGUCUGGACCACAACAGAGCUAAAUCCCAGAUUGCUCUGAAACUGGGCGUGACUGCGAACGACGUAAAGAACUGUAUCAUCUGGGGGAAUCAUUCUUCCACUCAAUAUCCAGAUGUUAACCAUGCCAAGGUCAAAGUGAAAGGCAAAGAAAUUGGUGUUUAUGAAGCUGUGAAAGAUGACAACUGGCUUAAGAGAGACUUCAUUGCGACGGUUCAACAGCGGGGUGCAGCUGUUAUUAAGGCCAGGAAGCUGUCAAGUGCCAUGUCAGCAGCCAAAGCCAUCUGUGAUCAUGUGAGGGACAUCUGGUUUGGCACUCCAGAGGGUGAAUUUGUGUCUAUGGGUGUCAUUUCUGAUGGAAAUUCAUACGGCGUCCCUGAGGAUCUGAUCUACUCCUUUCCUGUGGUAAUAAAGAAUAAAACAUGGAAGUUUGUUGAAGGCCUUCCUAUCAAUGAUUUCUCUCGUGAGAAGAUGGAUUUGACUGCUAAGGAGUUAACAGAGGAAAAGGAAAUGGCUGUGGAGUAUUUGUCCAGCGCAUGACUAGGUGCUCACCAGGACGUGGGAGGCGACCCAAGUAUGGAGGAGUCUAAAAGUCGUCUCUGAAUCCAGCAUCCACUGCUAUUACUGUGUCAGCCAGCUGUUUUUCUUGUGUCUGUUCCAUUCAUUAUAAAAGGCUAUUUGUGCCUAUUAUCAAGUGCUGUUAGUAAUGAGAUGAUUGCACAAGCAGUUCUUAUAAAUAAAACAUUUUCAGAGUUGACCAACCAUCUCCACUUAGUACCUUUUGCUUCUGGUGUUACAUUAGUUCCAUAAGACUUCUUUGCCGCUGCAGCUGAAAGGUUAGCAGUCGUUCAGUGUGAGUUAUACCAAAGCCAUCCGCACAAAACUAAAAGGCAUAGGAUAGGCUCUAACACUCUGUUAAUCAAAAAAUUGUAUGUACCAGUGGACUUUCUGCAAAAGAAAAAUGGGGCAUGGAUUUUCUUCUGCUAUUAAAACUGAAGUUGGAAAUGCAGUCUGGAAUAUGAUGAAUGUAUACGCAUUGGCCAUCAGGAAGUCUUGCUAGAAAUGACAUUAAAUGUUGAGUAAACGUUCAUCUUUUUUUUCUUCCUGUGUUGUUAUUCCAUUAACUUCCUUCAUAUGCUUUCAGUAAUAUAUAUAAAAUAAAUAUCCUCACCAGAAAACCCGAUUACAUGAAAUUAUGAAAUAAAGCAAUACUGGACACAUUUA